CGGGACUAUUUCAUUUUUCUUUUAUCUUUCUAUUCUCGCAUUCUUUGCAAGUUUCUUUUAUGUUUAUAAUUAUUAUCUGUUCGCAAGCGACCUUUCAACUAUGUUUGUGCGCGCCAAGAUUGGGCUGGACACCAGCAUGUCAGUAUCCAAUUUCGACAUUGAGGAUAGUGUGGAUCUGACCCCCAAAAAGAGGAACAAGAACCGGCUCUCGUCCGUCGGAGGAGCUGCCGCCGCCUGCGAGGGAUUCAUGGUGACCUACCAGGAAUACUGCGAGCACACCUCGAUCCACGGCGUGCAAUACCUGGGCGAGCGGCAGCGACCGAUACCGGAGCGAAUCUUCUGGCUAAUCGCGUUCCUCAUCUCGAUCUGUGGUUGCUCCAUGCUGAUUACCAGUGCCUACACUAAGUGGACGGAGACGCCAGUGAUCGUGAGCUUUGCCGAGAAGUCGACGCCCGUGUGGAAUAUCCCGUUUCCGGCGGUCACUGUGUGCUCGGAAACCAAGCGGGUGCUGAAGCAAAAAGGCAAGGAGACCACCUAUGCGGAUCUGUAUAGCCAAUUCAGCGAGGACGUGCGAGCCUCGCGAAUCUUUAAACCUCAAAAUGUAAGCGCCUUGGAGAUGGAGGAGUUCCGGACCCUGCUGCAUGUAUGCAAUACCCAGGUCAUUGAUGAGGAUUUGCCAUUGAUUGCCGGUGAUGAUUUGGACUACUUUGAAGUGCUCGAGCGGAUGCUGCCACAGUUCGAUAGAUAUUUCUUCUACUGUCGAUGGUUAAGCCGUUUCGGGGAAUGCGAGAAGUUCUUCCGCAAGACCCUUACCGAGGAGGGCAUAUGCUAUACAUUCAAUGGAUUGCGGGCCACAGAAAUUUAUCGGGAGGACACGUAUCAAUACCAGCAUAGUGGGGAGGUUUUGGAAAUGGAAAACAUUAGCUCAAGGCACUCUCCGUGGACGCUGGAAUCCGGCUAUGCGCACAGCAGCGAUGUGGAAACAUUUCCGGCCAGGGUUCUCAGCGCUGGCGCAAGGUCGGGAAUAUUCCUGGCACUCCAGAGCUUCAAACAGGAGGUGGACUAUGCCUGCCGAGGACCGGUGCAGGGGUUUAAGGUGCUGCUCCACGCCCCUGACGAUGUGCCGCAGGUAUCGAAGCAGUUUGUGCGCAUUCCCAUGGGCAAGGAGGUGUUGAUCGCGGUGAAGCCGAGCAUGAUCACCAUGUCGUCGGGCAUCGCAGAGUAUCAUCCGCUGCGAAGACAGUGCUUUCUGAGUCAGGAACGUUCGCUGCGCUUCUUCAAGGUGUACACUGAAUCCAAUUGCCAGCUGGAAUGCCUGGCCAAUUUCACCCUGACUAAAUGUGGAUGCGUCAAGUUCUCGAUGCCUCGGAAUAUGGACAUGCCGGUGUGCGGCGAGGACAAAAUCCAUUGCUACGAACGUGCGGAGAGGCAGUUGCUCGUCAGGGAGUUCAAAAGGGUAAGAGCACUGAACGCCGCACGCGAGGACUGGCGAGGCGUGGAGUCAGCCUGCAAUUGCAUGCCCGCCUGCACGUCGCUCGUCUACAACACCGAGAUCUCGCAGGCCAACUUCGAUCUGGAGGAGAUGCUUUUGGCUGAGGGCGACACCGAGUUCCUGAAGGAGUAUCCCGGUUCGCAGUUGUCCCGCCUGUCCAUUUACUUUAAGCAGAGCCAGUUCAUUACCUCGAAGCGAUCGGAGCUGUAUGGCAUGACCGAGUUCUUGGCCAAUUGCGGCGGCAUCUUCGGCCUCUUCAUGGGCUUCUCCAUUCUGAGCAUGGUCGAAAUGAUCUACCACUUUACCUUGCGGCUCUUCACAAACCUGAAGCGCCUGGCCAAGGAUCAGGAGCAGUAAUACAGUAAUGCCUUAUCUCGCACAAAUUGAUUUUGUACGGCGAAUAAUGGAAACCUUGUUAAACUGUCUUUUGUAAUUUAUUUUUUUAUGUUGGGUUUUUCUUUGGUAAACGCAAAAUAUGUGAAAAUAUUA